GUUCCACCUCCGACCCGGCGCGUUUUUCAUCUCCUCGCGUUUAAAUCCCUUCCCCGGGCCCCCGUUCCUGGUGCCCUCCCCCAAACACGCCCGGGUCGCGAUCUGACAGCUGCCCCCCCCGCGACUGCCAGGCUAAGGGAGACCAGACUGCCGGCCAAGGAUGCAUCUCAUUCCGAAGGAGCUUGACAAGCUCGUCAUCUCCCAAGUGGGCUUUCUGGCCCAGCGCCGUCUCGCUCGUGGUGUGCGACUCAACCAUGCCGAAGCUGCGGCGUUGAUCUCGUCCAAUCUGCAGGAGCUAAUCCGCGAUGGCGAAUACUCCGUGGCCGAUCUCAUGUCCAUCGGCAAGACCAUGCUGGGUCGUCGACAUGUUUUACCCUCCGUCGUAUCCACCUUGGUUGAACUGCAGGUCGAAGGAACGUUCCGCACCGGCACCUAUCUCGUGACAGUACACCACCCUAUCAGCAGUGACGACGGCGACCUGGAAAAGGCGCUGUACGGCAGUUUCCUCCCCAUCCCCCCCGCCGAUGCGUUCCCCGAUCCAGAUCCCGCCGACUACCUACCGGAGAAGAUGCCCGGAGCGGUGCUGCCAGUCAAGAACCAGCGCAUUACCCUGAAUGAGGGCAAGAGGCGGAUCAAGCUCAAGGUCAUGAGCAAGGGUGAUCGGCCCAUUCAGGUCGGGUCGCACUACCACUUUAUCGAAACGAAUCCACAGCUGCACUUUGACCGCCUCCGUUCUUAUGGUUACCGACUUGAUAUUCCUGCCGGCACCUCGGUGCGAUUUGAGCCCGGAGACACGAAGACGGUGACCCUCGUGGAGAUCUCGGGUAACAGGAUCAUCCGUGGAGGUAACUGCGUUGCUUCGGGGAAGGUGGAUCUUGGCCGUGCGGAGGAGAUCAUGCUCCGUCUGCAGGCUGGGAGCUUUGCCCAUGUUCCGGAGCCCACGGCGGACAGUGCGCUGGUGACGCCCUUCUCGAUGGAGCGCGAAGUCUAUGCUCGCAUGUUCGGUCCCACGACUGGUGAUCUCGUCCGAUUGGGAUUGACCAACCUCUGGGUUCGUGUGGAGAAGGAUUACACGGUGUACGGUGAUGAGUGCACCUUUGGCGGAGGCAAGACGAUUCGUGAUGGAAUGGGCCAGUCCUCUGACAAGUCCACGAAGGAAUGUCUGGACACGGUGGUUACGAACGCACUGAUCAUCGACUGGACGGGCAUCUUCAAGGCCGAUAUCGGUAUUAAAGACGGACUCAUCGCGGGAAUUGGGAAGGCUGGAAACCCUGACAUCAUGGACUGUGUCACUCCGGGCAUGAUUGUUGGUUCGUCCACCGAUGUCAUUGCGGGAGAGAACAAGAUCGUCACGGCCGGAGGCUUCGACACGCACAUCCACUUCAUUUGUCCCCAGCAGGUGGACGAGGCGCUGGCCUCGGGUAUCACGACCUUCCUGGGAGGUGGAACCGGACCGUCGACCGGCUCUAAUGCUACGACAUGCACGCCCGGUCCCACGCAUAUGCGUCAGAUGAUCCAAGCCGUGGACCGUCUGCCCAUCAACGUCGGUAUUACCGGCAAAGGCAACGACUGCGGCGGAGUUAGCAUCGAGGAGCAGAUCUACGCCGGCGCCGCCGGGCUGAAACUCCACGAAGACUGGGGCUCGACGCCGGCCGCCAUCGACACCUGCCUGGACAUGUGCGACAAGUACGACGUUCAAUGCAUGAUCCACACCGACACGCUAAACGAAUCCGGCUUCGUCGAACAGACCAUCGAAGCCUUCAAGAAACGCACCAUCCACACCUACCACACGGAAGGAGCCGGUGGCGGCCACGCCCCCGAUAUCAUCUCCGUUGUGGAACACCCCUACGUGCUCCCCAGCAGCACCAAUCCCACCCGUCCCUUCACCCUGAACACCCUGGACGAGCACCUCGACAUGCUGAUGGUCUGCCACCACCUGUCCAAGAACAUCGCCGAGGACGUCGCCUUCGCCGAGAGCCGUAUCCGCGCCGAGACCAUCGCCGCCGAAGACGUCCUCCACGACCUCGGCGCCAUCAGCAUGAUGUCGUCCGACUCCCAGGCCAUGGGCCGCUGCGGCGAAGUCAUCCUGCGCACGUGGAACACCGCGCACAAGAAUAAGGCCCAGCGCGGUCCGCUCCCUCAGGACGAAGGCACUGGCGCCGACAACUUCCGGGUUAAGCGGUAUAUCAGCAAAUACACCAUCAACCCGGCCAUCGCACAGGGCAUGUCCCAUCUGAUCGGUAGUAUUGAGGUCGGCAAGAUCGCGGAUCUGGUUCUCUGGUCACCGAGCGCGUUCGGCACGAAGCCAUCGCAAGUCGUUAAGAGUGGGAUGAUUGCUGUUUCUGAAAUGGGCGACCCCAACGCUUCCAUCCCCACCGUCGAACCCAUCAUCAUGCGUCCUCAAUUCGGCGCCCUCGUCCCCUCCACAUCCAUAACCUUCGUCUCACAAGCCUCCCUCACCGCGGGCACCAUCCAAACCUACAACCUGCAGAAACGCGUCGAGGCCGUCAAAAACUGUCGCAACAUCGGCAAGGCAGACAUGAAAUUCAAUGAUAGCAUGCCCAAGAUGAAGGUCGAUCCGGAGAGUUAUCGUGUCGAGGCCGAUGGGGUGGCGUGUUUGGCCGAGCCCGCGGGGGAGUUGCCGCUUACGCAGGAUUAUUUUGUUUAUUAGUGUGGUAAUAGGGUAGGGGUUUGGAGGGGAGGGGGCUGAUGAGGGUGAGGCUGUACUGUACAUAGGACUUAUUCUUUUUACUACUCGGAUGAGCGAG